AUGCUCUCCGAAACAUCCUCAUGGUCACCAGCAAACCCCGAACCCCCAUCAGACCUCCUAGCAGACUUUGUAAACGCCUACCGCGAGAAGCUCUACUUUCAACCGGUUCCGCUGUUUGACCCGGGACGUCUGCAGCUUAAAAUCGGGACACUACCUCAGUAUCUCCGAUGGAGCUUCCUAGCUUUGUCUCUGCACUAUACAAGUCACAACUUCUACUAUGGAUUGGAGGGGAAGGCUAUUGAGUAUUAUACCACGUCGGCGAGGAGUGUAGUUGUUGAUAUGGCGGCGGAAGGACUGGCGCAAUUGGAGGUCAUGCAGGCGCUGUGCCUGCUUGCUUUGUGCGAUCACAUCGCUGGGAAGUCUUCAAGGGCGUGGAUGAUGAUAGGAAUGGCAGCCAAAUUGGAGUCACUUCGUCUCUCAGACUCAAAGGCCAGUGGUUCACGUCAAUCUGAUGAUGCGGUCUCGAGAUGCCACUGGAGUAUUGCCAUCCUGGAAGGUACAUUUACUCCCCAUUGCAACACUCUGUUUGAAGCAACGCACGCACCGAAUUAUCCCAAGAGCGUACCUCGGCCAACUACGCUGCACGGUAUGAAGACAUAUUGCGCUGACUUGACGGAUGCAUACGAAGCCAACGUCCAAGACGUAGGUAUUGUCGCAACCUGUCUCGGCUACACCUCAGUUUGGGGCAGUAUAAUUUCUUACCUUCGAGACAUCCGCAACGGAGCGAAUGAAUAUCCAUGGCUAGCGACCUCAAGACACAAUCAACUCACCGUCAAGCUAUACGAGCUCGAGAACAUCACCUCCCAUCGUCAUCUCAUCCGCAACGCCUCCUUCCCCGACCAACCACCCUCCGAACUCAGCGAAAACAGAGAAUAUUGGGCGCCCUGGGUGUUAUUCCAGGUGAUGAUGCACGCUACCCAAGCGAUCCUCAAUAACCCCUUCGUCCAACUCGUCGCUCUUCGGCGCGCGGGUCGGAACUUUCAACCACGCUCUUUUCUGCAGAAUACAGUGGAUCAAGCUUUGUUCCACGCAGAGUGGGUUUCUAGACUUGUGAGGAUGUGUGCGGAUAGACAGUUUGAGGUGAAUGAUCCUCUGGUUGGACAAGCUGUCGCAGGAUGUGUUUCGAUACUGUGGAUAUUUCAGUUUGCGAGGGAUAGGAAGGUAUCGGAGAAAGCGAAGGAGAAUCUAGGAAUUUGUGAGACAUUUCUUGAGCAUUUAGCGCGCAAGUGGCCUCAUAUUGCUGAAAAGGUCGAGAUUCUACGUACGCUCAACAUCAAAGUAAAAAAGAAGCGACAAUCGCCUCAGGAUGACGAAACGGGCAGCGCAACUAUUCAGUUUGAACCAGAUAUGAUGUGGGAACUUCUUGACCCUGCCAUGUCAGGCGUUGACUGGGCGAGUUUAUGCAAAGCGGGAGGGACUUAUGCUGCGACGAGCGCUACCAUCAAGGUCGCGACCAAGUUUAUACAUCCGAUUAACAGCGAUGAGGAUAAUACGCCGAUGGAGAAUGUUUCGCAUAAUUUGUUUGAUCUGGAGGAUGUUUAUGGGGAGCCGUUUCUAGAUCAAUUCUUUUCUGACUCUUUGCUUGUCAACAUCUCAUAG